GAUCCAUCUUCCUUCAGUAAAUCUGAGAAUCUUAGCUGCUCUGUGUCAGCUUGAUCAUUUUUGAUUCUGAAGGCAACAGUUUGAAAUCCAAGAUUCAUCAUGGCAAUGCUGAGAAGUUUUCUGCUUCUUUUCAUCAUCUUCUCUAUGGGGAAUGUACAAGGCCAAAAAUGCCCCCUUGGAUGGACAAGUUUUGGACUCCGAUGCUACAAGUACAUCUCUCAGCCGGCUAACUGGAUCAGAGCAGAGAGAAACUGUCAAAGUCUUGGUGCGAAUCUCGCAUUUGUGCGUAAUAAACUGGAAAAUAAUUUCCUGCUGAGUCUGUUGCCUACUCCUUCCACACGUUCUUGGGUUGGUGCUCAUGAAGGUGUACAAGACGGACAGUGGUUGUGGAGUGAUGGAACUCCAUUUUUAUAUACCAACUGGUGCUCUGGAGAACCUAACAAUCACAAAAGUGCCGAGAACUGUUUGGAGAUCAACUUUCCCCCUAACCGUUGCUGGAAUGAUGCGCCCUGUUCAGUCUUAAAGAGCUCUAUAUGUGUUAAGAGGGUUGGUUAUGCACUUCGACAGUGAUUUGAUUUAACUACAUUUACUUUUUCUGAUCUUAUCUUUACAAAAAUGUUAUUCUGAAAUCAAGUCUCUUCUAAACUUUAAUCUCUUCUCAAUAUCUUCUCUGAAACUCUCCUCAAGUUAAUAAAAGCAUUGAUAAGGCAAA